AGGAAGGACUCGCCGCUUCUGAAGCAGGCGCUGGUGGUUCUCUGUGACGAAGGAGACAUGGAAAAUGACGACGUCGACAUGCAAAGCGCCGAGAACAAUGAAGCAGAAUUGGAUGACAUGAAGAAACGUUUGAAGGAGAUGGAAGAUGAAGCUGCUGCUUUGCGAGAAAUGCAGGCAAAGGUGGAGAAGGAGAUGGGCUCUGUGCAAGAUCCCGCUAAUGCUGCUGCAAGUCAGGCCAAUAGAGAGGAAGUAGAUUCUCGGUCAGUCUUUGUAGGCAAUGUAGACUAUUCGUGUACUCCUGAAGAAGUGCAGCAGCAUUUCCAAUCAUGUGGAACAGUAAACAGAGUCACCAUUCGUACUGACAAGUUUGGACAACCCAAGGGUUAUGCUUAUGUGGAGUUCCUUGAGGCAGAGGCUGUUCAGGAGGCGCUUUUGCUGAAUGAAUCUGAGCUACAUGGGCGUCAGUUGAAGGUGACAGCCAAGAGGACGAACAUACCUGGGAUGAAGCAGUAUCGUCCCCGCCGGUCCAAUCCUUAUAUGGGGUUUCGAGGCAGAACCCCAUAUGCACCUCCUUUUGCCUAUUCUCCAUCUCCAUAUGGAUAUGGGAAAGUUCCAAGGUUUAGAAUGCCAAUGCGUUACAGCCCAUACUAUUGAAAAUCCAUUUCUGCAGAGACUGUUCUAUUUGAUCUAUGAAUGGACAUAACGGUGCCUUUCUUCUUAUGUUUCCCAUUGGUGAUGAUAUCUUGGGCAUAAGAUAUGAAGGGGCUUUUCUGACCACCUCUCUUGAUGUGGUCGGUUUGAGUAUUAAACCAUGAUAUAACAGUAAACUUUGUAAAAUUGUGGCGUUUGCAUUUACUUUGCUUUGGUAUUAUUUUAAUGAUGUCCUUUGUAAAAGUUGCCCUCGUAAAUGUGGUCAUAUAUUUUUCUUCUGGUA